CUGCCAUUGGCUGCCAUUUUAUUUUUCGCUGCGGUGCGGCACGGACGCGAGCGCGGAAGGAAUAUGCUCAGAGGUUUCCAAGAUGGCGAAAAAAACGCAAGCAGAGAAGACGGCGCAGAACGACGAGACCGCCAAGGGCAACGACGAUCCGAUGAACGACGAUGAGGAACCCAACUUCAGCGAUCCCGAGGGCUUCGUCGACGAUAUCAGCGACGAGGAACUGCUCGGUGACAUCUUGAAGCAGAAACCUUCGGAAACGGAUGGGGUGGAAUCUGUUAUUGUCGUGGAUAAUGUACCUCGGGUGGAGCCCGACAAAUUGGAGAAGCUUCAAUCCGUUAUUAAUAAGGUGCUAGGAAAGUUCGGUCCGAUAGUCAAUCAGUACUAUCCGAUGAACGAGAGCGAUGGCAAAACUAAAGGAUACAUUUUUCUGGAAUACAACAAUCAUUUGAACGCACUCACUGCGGUCAAGUCUACCAACAAUUACAAGAUCGACAAGUCUCACACGUUCAAGGUUAAUCUCUUCACGGAUUUUAAGAAAUUUGAGGACAUUCCCGAGGAUUGGGAGCCACCGAAGGCUCAGCCCUUCAAGGCUGCUAGCGACUUGCACUAUCAUCUGCUGGAGCCGGACGCUUACGAUCAAUUCUGUGUACUUUGCGGUAAUGGAGCAGGUGUGUCGGUGCAGAUGUGGCAAAACUCUGCACCAGAGCCCACCCUACUCGAAGAACGUAACCGCUGGACGGAGACGUAUGUCAAAUGGUCACCGCUAGGCACGUAUCUGGCCACGUUCCACAAGCUGGGAGUCGCGCUGUGGGGUGGCCCGCAGUUCACCCAGCAGGCCAGAUUCAGUCAGCGAGGUGUCGAGUGCAUCGACUUUUCGCCCUGUGAGCGUUACCUAGUCACCUACACGCCGCGCACGGAUCUCGGCCAGGAUCAGAAGCGCCUCGUGAUCUGGGACAUCCUGUCGAACCAAGAGAAACGAUCGUUCUUCCCCGAUGGCUCUUCCGUCUGGCCGAUCUUCCGUUGGUCGCACGACGAUAAAUAUCUGGCGCGCAUGGGAGAGGACGUUCUCAGUGUUUACGAGACCCCAUCGUUCGGUCUGCUGGACAAGAAGAGCAUCAAGAUCCCAGGAAUCAGAGAUUUCAGUUGGUCUCCGACGGAUAACGUUCUUGCUUACUGGGUGCCAGAAGAUAAAGAUGUUCCCGCGAGGGUAACUUUGCUCGAAAUUCCUAACCGCAAUGAAACAAGAAAUAAGAAUUUGUUCAACGUAGCUGACUGCAAGAUCUUCUGGCAAAAAUCUGGUGAUUACCUGUGCGUGAAAGUUGACCGCUUUGCUAAACGCAAGGAGAAGACCGAGCAAAAAUACACAGGUAUGUCAUACAACUUCGAAAUCUUCCACAUGAGGGAGAAGCAAAUUCCCGUGGACAGUGUGGAGAUAAAGGAGCCGAUACACGCUUUCGCGUGGGAGCCGGUUGGCAGCAAAUUCGCCAUCAUUCACGGGGAGAUACCCACCGUGAAUGUCAGCUUCUACGAAGUGCGAUAUGGCCAUCAGCCCGCCCUUCUCAAAAGAUUAGAGAAGAAGGCUUGCAAUCACCUGUUCUGGUCGCCGUCUGGUCAAUUCAUCGUCCUCGCCGGCCUGACGACGAUGGCCGGCGCUCUGGAGUUUAUCGACACGAACGAUUUCACCAUUAUGAACUCCACCGAUCAUUAUCAAACUUCGGACGUGGAAUGGGACCCGACUGGCAGAUACGUCGUCACGGCAGUGUCCAGCUGGAAGACCAGCGUUGACAACGGUUACUGGAUAUGGACGUUCCAGGGUCGUAUUCUGAAGAGAGUCAACCUGACCGCGUUUAACCAGCUGCUGUGGCGGCCGCGACCUCCGACUCUGCUCACCGCGGAGCAGAUCAAGGAGAUAAAGAAGAACUUGAAGAGAUACUCGGCGCAAUUCGAGAGCAAGGAUCGCAUGCGACUGACGCGUGCUUCAAAGGAAUUGAUCGAAAAACGAUGCUUGCUGAUGAAGGCAUUCGAAGAGUAUCGUACCAAGCGUAUCGACGAAUGGAACAAUCAGAAGAAGCGUCGCCUGGAGUUACGUUGCAAUAUCGAUACUGAUGAAUUGGACUCAGAUUCGAAGAACGUGGAGGAAGAAGUUGUUGAAUUUUUCGUCAAGGAGGAAACGUUCGUGAUCGACGACAAGUAAACCUGUCUUUCACGGACACUUGUUAAUCGCCGUGCUGAUUCCCGGUCUUGGAAAUCUCUUUAAAAGUGUGCAACAAACAUCUGCUGCCGUUUGCAAGGUGUCGCGAUAUAUUUGUCGUUUGCGGCGAUCGAAUAUCGCUGCAAUUUAUCUCUAAUCCGUGAACCAUGAGUGGCAACAGACAAUCAAUCUUGUAUUAUUGUUAUUGCUACUGCUACCAUUACCGCUACUAUCAGUACUAUUUCGCCCGGUUUAAAAUAAUUUUUACAUAUUUGAUGCGGCAUAAAAAACGCCGACAUCGUAGCAAUAUCAAAUUCUAUCACAUACCCUACAGGAUAACCUGCGAGGAAAUAAUCGCGUCACUAAUUUCACAAUUUCUCCUGGCAAAUUUACAAAAUAAAAUGCUAAUUUAUUACUUACGAAA